AUGGCGAUAUUACAGUCUUGUUGUUUUUGGAAGACAGUACACAAAGGCAGUAUGGCAAGUGCGACGUAUACUUUGGUGUACUUUGGUUUCUCCACUCUGGUAAUGCUUAUUUCCAUUUACGAUGAGCAAGAAUUUCUGGCUGGCAGUAGAGAUCAACCUGUAGGAGAAAGCAUACUGGCCAAAGGGGAGAUAACACCCGCUAUUGUUAUUUUCAAUAUUCUCUUUUUCAUAUGCUCAGUGUUCAUAGUUAUAUCAUCGUUACUGGUGUUCGUGGGACUGAGGCAUAAUCGUAGUGAGCUUCUGCUGCCUUGGAUUGUAUUUAUGCUCUGCGAUGUCCUGAUUGAGCUAUUUCAUUUGGGCUAUUUAUCAGUAACGCAAAUGGUCAACUUCGAUCCCGUAGUGGGCUUUAUAUUCACCAUCGAUUUUUUUAUUAUGUGCCUGAAUUCCUACUGUCUACUGUGCGUCAUAUCGCAAUAUCAAAAUUACCAGCAGGGACGUGGCUACGGAGAUCAACAGAUGCGGACCACCGUAGUGAUAGAAUCGGCUGAUGGUGGGCCUAUACAGAAACAAAGUUAUCUGAGGGCAACGGCAGCGAAGCAGUACAGCAGUCGUAAUAUAGCAAGCCCUUACGUUACGACGAAUCCGAACACUCACAUUUCUACGAUACAGGAAGAGGCGGACCAAAGCCAAAAAAUCCACAUAAGCUCAGUUGAGCUGAAGAGUGAACCAGCAGAGGACAACAGUUUAGCCAUAACCAUCAAUAUCCCGACAUCAUUUGAAGCAUAAUUCUACUGAGUUCUGAUAUAAAUUGCCAUAUAACGCAGAGCAGAGCGGCAGCAGGCAGCAGGCAGAGCCUGGUACAAAAAUAAAACACAAAUUUUGUUGUUGUAUUUGUGUGUGUACAAAAUCACUUGCAAAAACCACGGCCACAUACAAAUAUAUGUGAGUGCAAGAGGAAGUG